CAGCUCUCUCUCUCUCUCCAUAUAAACUGUAUCUCGUUCUACCUGUAUCACCUUUGAAACCGUCGGGAAUUACACGUUCUACCAUGGCGCUCCAAGCGAGGGCUAUCGUCGCGUCCAAGUGGCUUCUCGAUGCCGUCAAAGACCAACGGGUCGGACCCAAACUCCGCGUCUUGGACACGUCUUGGUACUUACCCAAACUCAGGCGCAACGCCAAGAGCGAAUUCAAAAAGAGGCAUAUCCCGGGUGCAGCCUUCUUUGACAUAGACCAGUGCUGCGACAAAACUUCUCCGCUAGAUCAUAUGCUGCCAUCGGAGCGCAUUUUUGCAGAUUAUGUUGGAAAUUUGGGAAUUGGGAACGAUACGCACGUCGUGGUCUACGAUGCGAGCAAUUUCGGCGCGUUCUCUGCGCCCCGAGUUUGGUGGAUGUUCCGAGUGUUCGGCCACAGUUCUGUAUCGGUUCUGAAUGGAGGACUCAAAAACUGGGCGAACGAGGGACUUCCAGUGAGUGACCGGUACUCCCGACCCGAGCAGACGGAGUUUAGGGCCUCUUUGAACCGCUCCUGGGUGAAGACGUACGAGGACAUCCUGGAUAAUCUGGAUAGUAAAGAAUUUCAGGUGGUCGAUGCCAGACCAGUGGGGAGAUUCAAAGGGGUGGAUCCAGAACCCAGAGACAGUGAGCAGCACACACACACUGAAAGUGCAUGGAUGUUAUUUCACACACUGUAAAUGUGUCAGGUGAAAUAAAAUGUAUUUGUCACGUGCCGAAUACAACAAGUGUUGACUUUACCGUGAAAUGCUUAGUUACCCUUUCCCAACAAUGCAGAGUUAAAAAGUAUUUUAUUUUUUUAUGCAAAAAAAAAGAAAAAAUAUUAACACAAUAAAGGUGUAGCCUACAAUCGGUGUAUAACUAGCCAUAACUUCAAGUACUGAGGCCUACUCAUGUCACCUUAUCAGUAGCACAUUUAGCAUUUGAUCAAUGCUGCUGAUAGGUCAACAGACCAAGGGUUCCAACUGUGAGGGACAUAACCAACAACCCAUUUGACCUAUAAUCAAUAACACAAUCAAUAGGCCUAGACUAACUACUGAUCAGCUCACUCAUGAGAUGACCCAAAAUCAAUAACACAAUAGACUGACAGAUUGCUCAUGUUAGAUGACCCAGUUUCUCUCAGCUGGCAAGUUGAGAUCGAAGAAGAAGAAGAUGAUGAUGAUGAUGGGUGUGUGUUAUCUACUGCAUGAGGACUUUGUCUGAUCCUGAGGCACAGAGCUGCUGAGUGUGUGACUUCCUCCUCGUACACUGGCUGUAUCCCCAAUUGGCAUCCUAUGGUGCACUACUUUUGACCAGGGCCCAUAGGGCUGUGGUCAAAAGUAGUGCACUAUGUAGGGAAUAGGGUGCCAUUUGGGAUGCACCCUUGGUCUGAAAUGUUACUUGCUGCCUGUCAAAUCCUUUCUUCCUCUGUCCUUGUUUCCUCAGUUCCUCUCCAAAGCUCAUUGGAGGAGAGGAUCCAAGGUCCUUCCUUCGGACCUCUUCCUCCAAUGAGCUUUGAGUGGAAUUGAGGAAACGAGGACAGAGGAAGCAAUGAUUUGCACAAGAUGACGUUUACAGACGCAGCCAUAGGCCUCCUUUGUUUGCACAAGCUGAUAAGCAAACAUGGAGGUUGGGUUAUAAAUCAGAACAUCUGUCAGCACCAUUGUGUACCAUACACACAUACGCAUGCAUGCAUGCACACUGUAGUGAACGGAGUGGACACAUAACAUAUAGUAGUAGUCUGAAUACAAUUAUGUAGAUUUGAUUGUUGCACUUGAUUGGUAUUGUACCAGUUUAGAGCAUACCCCUUGUUGUGAUGCUCUAGCCAUUCUAAGUGUUCUAAUCUACCUUGUUGUGACGCUCUAGCCAUUCUAAGUGUUCUAAUCUACCUUGUUGUGACGCUCUAGCCAUUACAUUUUAGUCAUUUAGCAGACGCUCUUAUCCAGAGCGACUUACAGUUAGUGAGUGCACACAUUUUUCAUUCUAAGUGUUCUAAUUUACCUCUGUGGCGAUAAGGUCUUAUUUGGCUGUACUUUUAUUUCCUCUCAAGUUGUGUCACACACACACACACACACACACACAUUAUGUAUGCGCUCCUUCACAUAUUCAGUGUUCAUCUGCCUAUAAGUGUCUCUGCGGCUGGGGACAUUGACCUCUUGAGUAUUCUCUAUUGGCAUGGAAACGACACAGGAAGAGGGAGCCUUUUUAGACUAGGGAGAUUCACCCACCAGCACUAACCCUUUCCUUCUGUUUGUCCUUAUUUUUUCACCCAUUCACUCUCUUCCUCCUCUCUCUUUCAGAUACUGAGCCAGGCCACAUCCCCGGCUCCAUCAGCAUGCCCUUCUCCUCCUUCCUCUCUCUGUCCGGUCACCUCCAUCCCCGUGAAGUCCUCCAGACCAUGUUCACCCAGGCUGGUGUCGACCUCUCCCGCCCGCUCUGCGUGUCCUGUGGGUCGGGUGUGACUGCCUGCCAUGUGGCCCUCGCCGCCCACGAGUGUGGGCACCCUGGGGUGUCGGUGUACGACGGGGCGUGGUCCGAGUGGUACACCCGCGCCGUGCCUGAGCAUGUGAUCUCUGUGGGGUUCGGGAAACACUCCCCUGUGUUUGGAUGAGAGGGAGGAAGGGAGAGGAACGUGUGAUUGGAUGAGGAGUGGGGGAGGAAGAGGGAGAGGGAAUGUUGAUUGGAUGAGGGGGAGGAAGCUCAUUGUGAUUGGAUGA